AUGCAGGCAGUCCCUUCGAUACUUAUGCCAAAAAGAGCAGUAAACCCGAAAAAAGAAGCACAUGUACUGCUAAGUGCAGAGAGUACGGGGCGCAGGCAGGCAGAGGCAAUGUCAGUUUUAACUGAAAAGCAGAAUCAUCGGAUCACUUACAAUCCUUAUUUGUUAGCCACGCUUUGGCGGAAGAAAACAAAAAUUCCAGAUUCGUGGUACCCAAAAUCUUCAAAAGAGAAGAUUCGAACUGAUGACCUUACGGAAGAAAACAAAAUCUCAAACCGACCCAAGGACAUCUUCACCACCCAACACCGUCACAACAAAGUUAACACCACUACCGAGCAAACAAAGCCUCGCAAAAGAAUGAGGCGAGUUGAGAUCGAAAUAAUAUGGGAAGAAGUACGAGAAAAGGAUUUG